AUGGAUCAAGAAAUUUCAAGUACUACCGGGAAUUGGAAGUCUGUUUCCCAGCUCGGUGACAAAGAAAAAGAUAAGAAAACGAAGAAAAUGGCGAAGGUGAGUUCUGGCAUCAAACAGUGUGAAGAAAAGAAUGAAAAAGAUAGAAAGAAUCAGAAAAUUGCAUUUUCCUCCAGGAAGGGUAGAAAAACUACAGUAAGCAAGCCCGAAGAUGAAGAAGAAGUACCAGAGUGUUCUUCGACCACAAGUGAUGCCCAGUGUCUCCCAGAUGAAGACCCUUAA